AUGGUGUUUUCCCGACAGCCGACGCUCCCAACUGCUCUCCUCUUUCAACUCGCUGCUCCGAUCGCUUCCUCGGACUUCGGUCACAGGUCGCUGUCGACGCGACACUCCACUAGCUUCGCGCGGAUCUUUGAGUUCCUGUCCAUCCAUUUCGCCUCGUCGACGUUCGCUAAGGGAGCAAUGCAGUCAAAAUCGCGAUUUUGA